AUGUCGUUGGACACGGAUUGCAGUGAGUACAUCAACUUCUAGCUCACAAAGCUUUAGCGGGUUUCUGCUGCGCUCUUCUGCCGUGCAGUCUGUGGCGCCGGCUACCAGCCGAGUGCAUAUGGACGAGGGUACUGCACCAAGUGCGGAAGAGGUACGCAAGCCAUCGAUUCACCUGGACAAACGAAAUCUGGCUGUCUCUCGCGCUUUCUUCCAGGUGUCUUCAAGGGUGUGCAGGGCAACAUCCAGGUAUGCAUGAUAUUCAUGCGGCUGAGAUGGCUCCGUCCACUUGACAUGUAUGUCUCUCUCAGUGUACCAAUCCGUGUCCUUUGGCAGCCACGAGUGAUCGGGGCGCCACAUCGGAAGAUGAUUGCUAUUGUGGCGGUCAGAAUAAACUAAAUGAGAGGGAAAGGGUUGCACUUUAGCGUCUAUAACUGCUAACUGUCAGGCGGCUUCUACGCCGUAAUCAAGCGGACAGUCAACGGCAGCGUCAUGACAUGCAACCCCUGUGAGGGGAAAAAGGGGUGGAAGUGCGGAGAAGGGGUCGAGCCACAGGCAGAGCCAGACUACUGGCAACCGGGAGCACUGGGCCUAGACGCCCUUUUCAAUCGCAAUCAGAAAGGGGAUGCGCAGCCGGCGUCGGCUCGUAGGCUGCUACAGGCAGCUGACGAGGGGGGAGUUGUUGGCAAUGAAACUGACGUGAAGAUUAUUGCUCUGGCCCCCGUCAUUGUCGAAUGCCCAGAGAAGGGCAUAUGCGUUGGUGAGGCAGACAUCUUACAAUAAGACAACAGCCGAAGUGUAUCUUUCUUUCUCCCCAAUAAAUGCAGGAAACAGCACUUGCAAGGAAGAACUAAACCUCCAGGGCUAUGCAUGUGGUCAAUGCAAGGCCGGGUACACCCGCAUCAAGCCCGACAAGCACGAGUGUAUCAGCUGCCAGGAGGAGUUUUCCGUCGCCACGCUGGCUGCACAGCUUGCAUUCCGCCCGUUUUCGAGUGCCAUCAUUUCCUUUUACGUUGCCAAGCUCACCAUCGAGUCGAGCCAGGAAAAGUCUGCUUUGCAUUCGGUCAUCUUCAAGAUACUAACAACCCACCUUCAAGUGGUCUCUGUGCUGUGGGGGUUCGACUACUCCAAUGUGGAUGUGUUCUUUAAAGACAAGUAGGCGAGAUGGAAGGGUAAGUGGCACUCCGUUGAUGUCUAGAUUUGCAGGUACGAGAGCGUGCGGACGGAGACACUCAAGGAUGACAAGACAUGGAAACCACUCAAAGUGCCGCCUAAGUGGCCUCCAUUUGCAGAUGACGGCAACGGAGGAGACAUUCUGCAGUAUGUGUAA